AUGUCCGGCGCUGAGUUCCUUGGGCCGGUCAUAGGCCUGGCCAUGAAGCUCUUGCUUGAGUUCAGUCUCAACUCGGUCAGCUUCAAGAUCGAGGCUCACGGCAUGGACAUGGUCGCGCGCAAUGUUAAGGAUGACAUUGAGGACGCGAGAAUGUUCUACGAUCAGCUCACCAAGUACGUUAACCAAGAGCUUCAGCUCAAGAGACGAGUUCUUAUUUCUAUCAACAACACCGAAUACGCACUCAAGAUGUUCGAGGAAUACCUCAAGGAGCAUAACAGCCGUCAAACCCUAUCCAAGCUUCUCGGAGAUCGCGCUAAAGUCAAGAAACUUCUGGCACCCCUGCAGGCCAGCCAAUCGCAAUUGGCGCGCAGGAUCGAUUGGAUGAGGUCUGCCUUGUCCGAUCUGGAGAAGAGUCCUAACGCCUCGAAGGAGAAACGAGUCGUUGACUGGAGCGUUCCGCCGAACGAACGGCCGGGCUGGGUUGGCACGAAGGGGGAUACGAAGGAAUAG